AUGUCAGAAUCUGCCCAAUUGAAUGCCUCUUUAUUAAGGUUGAAAUUAUUAGACGCUUUAAGAGGUGGUGAUACAACAAAAAUUGAUUCAAUUAUACAAGAAUUAAUAUCAUGUAAAUCAACAAUUCAAAAUCAAGAUUUAAAACAAUUAAGAGAAACGAUUUUACAUUAUGCUGUUCAAGUUGCAAGUUUAAAUACUUUACAAUAUUUAAUAAGUAAUAGUUCAAAAUAUGGAUUAGAUAUUAAUGCUCAAGAUGGCCAAGGCAAUACUCCAUUACAUUUAGCAGCAAUAGCUUCAAGACAAGAUGUUGUAAAAUAUUUAUUAUCAUUACCCAAUAUUAAUGACACAAUAGUAAAUGGUGAUAAAAAGCAACCAGUUGAAGUUUGUAAGAAUUUGAAUAUAGCACAAUUAAUGCAAUAUGAAAGAGCAAAAUUUGUUGAAAAAGCAGCAAGUGAUUUAAGAUUAUUUUUCAGUAAUAGAGAUUUUGAAAACUUGGAAAAUAUUUUGAUCUUGAAUCCAAGAGCUUCUGAGUUAUUAGACAUCAAUGGAGCUGAUCCAGAAACUGGUAAUACUGUAUUACAUGAAUUUAUUAAAAAAGAUGAUUUACCAAUGUGUGAUUGGAUUUUGAAACAUGGUGGUGAUCCUUUUAAAAGAGAUAAACGUGGUAAAUUACCAGCCGAUUUAGUCAAUCCAAAAGAUGAACCAUUGAAAAAACUAAUAAAAGAUGCUUCUAAAGAUCAAACUAUUAUGGACCCAGUAGCAACUUCUGGAACUGCUCCAAAAGGUGGUGAUAUUGAAGUUUAUAAAGGAUAUUUACGUAAAUGGACAAACUUUGCAUCAGGUUAUAAAUUAAGAUAUUUUGUAUUAGACCAAAAUGGGAUAUUAUCUUAUUAUACAAAUCAAGAUGAUACUAAUAAUUCAUGUCGUGGUUCAUUAAACUUAGGUUAUGCUACCUUACAUUUAGAUUCAUCAGAGAAAAUGAAAUUUGAAAUCUAUGGUAAAAAUGGUCUUAGAUGGCAUCUAAAAGCAAAUUUCCCAGUUGAAACUAAUAGAUGGGUUUGGAAAUUACAAAAUGCUAUAACUGUAUCAAAAGAUAAUCUUAGAAACAAAAAUCAAAUUUCAGGAAAUAAUACUGUAGCUAGUGGAACCGUCUCACCAGAAGAAUUACAAGAACCUAUAAUGGAAGAUACCGAUUCAGUAGUCGAAAAGAAAAGACAUAGAUUGAGAAUUCCUGGUAGAAAAAAACAUCACAAACGUAAUGUUAGUCAAACAUCAAGGGAUUCAUUUGAAAAUACAAGUGAUUUAUCAAGAGCAUCAACUUCACAUUCACUUGGUGGAAAUUUAGCACCUCAACAAAAGUCAAAUGCUAGAAAUAGUAUUGAGGAACAAGCCAGUUAUCAAGAUACUGAUUAUGAUCACGAAAAUUUUGAUUAUGAUGCAGAUGAAAUGGAGCAAGAGGAUUACGAGAGUGACACUGAUUCAAAUCAUGUUGAUAUUAAUCAAAUUAAUGAUACAAUAGCUGCUACAAGAAGAUCCUUACAUAUUGAAUUGCUGUCAUUAUUAGAAUUAUUUCAUCAAGUAAUGAACACCGAUGUAUUUCAACCAAAUUCAAAACAAGCUGAGGUAUGUCUUGUUGGUAAUAAUACAAUCCGUGCUAUUAAUGAAUUAAUAACAAAAUAUAAUACAGUAGUUGAUACUAGAGAUAAUAAACUUAGAAAAGAUUUAGAUAGACAAUUAGAAGUAAACCAAUUAUGGGAAAGAUCAAUUAGACAAUUAGAAAAUGAAAUAAAAUCAAGAGAAGAUAAAUUAGCUGUAUUACAAGGUCAGAGAAAACAAUUAAGAAAAUAUUUAUCAGGUGGAGUCAAAUCUGGUGGUACUACUUCUCCACUUCCUUCAACAAAUAAUGCUGACGGAAAUAUCACAGGUGUGGCUAAGGGAGAAAUUUUAAGUGAAGAACCACAAGAAGAGCAAGUACAUGCUAUAGAUGACAAAUUGGGUAAUAUAGAAGGAAAAGAGGUUAAUCAUGUCGUACAACCUGAUCUUAAAGCUCAAGAAGAAGUUGCUCAUAUGCCAGGUGGAUUAAAUGAUAAUGUUAUUGGUGAAAUAUUAGGUGAAGAUUCAGAAGAUGAAUUUUUCGAUGCUGAUGAAUUUGACGAUGAAAUAGAUGUGGUUGCUCCUCCUAAAGAUAAUGAAAUUCCUUCAAAGGCUCAACAACCAGUACCACCACAAGAACCAGGUGAAUCUAAUUUGAAUGAAAUAAUUCCACCAAAUGAAAUUAAUCAAGUCCCACCUCCACCUUCACAUGAUAUUGUCCAAGAGAAAGAAACUCCAGCCGGUGCUAUUGGUGUCGGUGCUGCUAUUGGGGCUGCUGGGGCUGCUGGAGCUGCUGGAGCUGCUGGAGCUGCUAUCCCAGACGAAUCUAUUCCACCAGAACAAAGAGUGGAUAAUCAACUGAUAGCUCCAUCUGAAGCUACAAAAGUUGAACAAGAACAAGCUCCACCACCACAAGCAAAACCAAGUGGACCACCCCCAUCUGAAAAUAUACCUGGUGACGAAGGCUUAAACCCAGUUCAAAAAGAAGUCAACCAUGAAUUACAAGCUGAAGGUUCUUUCUUAGGUUAUGAAAAUCCACCAAGAAAGAAAUUAGGUAUGGAUGAAGAUAAUAGACCAAAAGUUGGAUUGUGGGGUAUAUUGAAAUCUAUGAUUGGUAAAGAUAUGACUCGUAUGACUUUACCAGUUUCUUUCAAUGAACCAACAUCAUUAUUACAAAGAUUAGCGGAAGAUAUUGAAUAUAAUGAUUUAUUAAAUACGGCUGCUGGGUUUGAUGAUUCAACUUUGAGAUUAAUUUAUGUUGCAACUUUUGCAGCAACUGAAUAUUCUUCAACUAUUGAUAGAAUUGCAAAACCUUUCAAUCCUUUGUUAGGUGAAACUUUUGAAUAUGCAAGACCUGAUCAAAAUUAUAGAUUAUUUGUUGAACAAGUUAGUCAUCAUCCACCGAUUAGUGCUUGUCAUGCCACAUCCCCUAAAUGGGAAUAUUAUGGUGAAAAUGCAGUUGAUUCAAAAUUCUCAGGUAGAUCUUUUGAUUUUAAACAUUUAGGUAAAAUGUUUGCAGUUGUUAGACCAAAUAAUGGAGUUAAAGAUAAAAAUGGUAAAAUAGUAAGUGAAGAAUUAUAUAGUUGGAAAAAAGUUAAUACUGCAGUUGUUGGUAUUAUGAUUGGUAACCCAACAGUUGAUAAUUAUGGUAAAAUGAUUGUUGAGAAUCAUACUACAGGAGAUACAAUAACAGUUGAUAUGAAACAAAGAGGUUGGAGAGCAUCUUCUGCUUAUCAACUAUCUGGUCAAGCAUUAGAUGCUAAAGGAACACCACAAUGGGCAAUGGGUGGUUAUUGGAAUUCAAAAAUAUAUGCUAAAAAGAUUACUCAAGAACAACAACAUCAUGAUGGUGGUAGAAAAAUGUCCAUAUUAACUGAUCCAAGUAAAUCAUCAUCAACAACUUCAACAGAUCCAUUUUCAGGUAAUAAAUUCUUAGUAUGGCAAGCAGCACCAAGACCAAAAGUUCCUUUCAAUUUAACACAAUUUGCAGUAACAUUGAAUGGAGUUGAUCAAAAUUUACAAAAAUGGUUAGCACCAACAGAUACGAGAUUAAGACCAGAUCAAAGAGAUAUGGAAGAAGGUAGAUACGAUAAAGCAGCUGAUGAAAAACAUAGAGUUGAAGUUAAACAAAGACAAGCAAGAAAACAAAGAGAAGAAAGCGGACAAACUUAUCAACCUAAUUGGUUCAUCAAGAAGAAACAUCCAGUUACUGGUGAUAUGUAUUGGGAAUAUAAUGGAAAAUAUUGGCCAAGUAGAAAACAACACCAAUUAGCUGGAUGUGGAGAUAUUUUUUAG